AUGUCGAAUGCUCCUCUGAAUGGCUCGAAUGAUGUUCCUGCUCCAGCUUCGGAUCCCUCCACCUCAACUUUUGUUUCCACCUCCAAUAUUAACCUGAAAGCACAACCGACGCACAGGUCGAACUCUGACAGAAGAAGGAAAGCCUAUUCCGCACCAAGGCCUGGAUAUCCUGUUGCUCCUGCAGAUCUGGCAGCUCUAGAAAAGAAGAAAGAGAGGAACCAAGCGAAGAAGGCUAAGAGGGAGGAGAAUAGGAAACGGAAGAAAGCAGCGAGGAAGGCCGCCAAGGUGGCGGCUAAGACGACUAAAUCGUCAGCUAUUAAGGAUGGGAUCGCUGCCGAGAAAGAGGGAGAAAUGAUGGUGGAGGAGUUGGGAGGAGAGAUGAAGAGAAUGGGCAUUUAG